AUGUCCAUCACGGAAACGGCAAACAGAAAGGGAAUGAAAAAUGUCUGCGUUGGUUCAAUGGAUAAAACUCCACCAAAGGAAAUAAUGUGGGAGUCAUUUCCACACAGAUUAUUCUUUGGCCGUGAAUCAUCAGUUACUUGGGGUGUAGGAGGAGUUGCUUUUAUCAAUCCACUUACUAAUCUCAAUGAUCAAACUCACAUGUGUUUGUACAAAAUCACGCUUGAGCAGUUCUACGAUGUUCUGUUUCAGGAAAAUGGCUUGACAAUAGAUUCUGAUUCUCCGCUCUUUGAUCUAGAUUUUCUGCAAUGA